UCUCAACAAACAUUUCUGCAAAUCAUGGUUCCAUGGUCAAUGCCAUCAUAUCAAAAUGGAAAUCAGAACCAGGUGUCCUAUGUUAUUACAAUAGAAGAGAGGUCAUAUACCCUUCACCUGAAGCAACAAGUUUUUUUACCGAAUAAUUUCAGGGUGUAUACUUACAGCCAAGAGGGGUCUGUUCAUUCUAAUUUCCCACAUAUUAAGCGUGAUUGUUUCUACAAAGGAUAUAUUGCAGGUUUUCCAAAUUCACUUGUGACACUCAGCACCUGUUCUGGACUUAGAGGGAUACUGCAGUUAAAGAAUGUCAGCUAUGGAAUUGAACCUUUGGACUCUACACCUGGAUUUCAGCAUCUAGUUUAUCAAAUAUGGAAUGAAAAUAUAGAGAGUCUGCUUUUGGUAGAAAAUGAUUCUGUUAUAUGGAGUGAAGGGAUGACACGAAAGCUGGAUACAGGAAUAAAAGCAAAACAGAAUUUCAUCAGAUACUCCAGAUAUCUGGAAAUGCAUGUGAUUUUGGACAAGGCUCUGUAUGACUAUAUGGGUUCAGACAAGGAUGUUGUAACAGAGAAAAUAGUCCAACUUAUUGGCUUUGUCAACAGUAUGUUUACCUCUCUUAAUAUGACAAUUGUGCUGUCUUCAUUGGAAUUCUGGGCAGAUAGUAACAAAAUUCCUACAACAGGGGAAGCUGAUGAAUUAUUACGAAGGUUUUUACAGUGGAAAAAUAUCCAUCUUAUUCUACGGCCACAUGACAUAGCAUAUUUAUUUGUUUACAGGGACCAACCAAAUUAUGUAGGGGCAUCUUUUGCAGGAAGGCUGUGUCUGAGAAACUAUUCUGGAGGGGUUGCUCUGUAUCAAAGAACAAUAACACUGGAGACAUUUUCAGUCAUCAUUGCACAGCUGCUCGGGCUUAGUCUGGGAAUAGCAUAUGACGAUUCUAGGGACUGUCAGUGUUCAGGAUACACCUGCAUAAUGCAUACCAAAGCAGUGUAA